UAAAAGACUCGAAAAACCGAAAACACCUUGUUCUUCCACUUUCCUAUAUAUUUUGAAAUUCCAAUUCCAAUCAAUAGUCUAUUCAAUAUUCGUAUGUCGUGCCGUGUAUGUGUAAUGUUCAAUUUGGUAUCGCCAUAUUAGUUUUUCCUUGUUUUUGUUUUCAAAACAUUCCUUUGUUUACUGUUUAUUUUGUUUAUAUAUAAUUUAUCAAAAAUAGGGGCCUUAAGUAGUACUAUCCUUUAUAAAACCAAAAUGUUAGAUUCAGAUGCGGAUCUGACAAUUGAUGCAAUACCUAGCCCACCUAGGAGUCCUACUAGUCGUAAGAACAAAGAAAAUAUUUAUGCUCAAAAUGAUAAUGAGAAAAUACCAACAAAAUCAAUUAAGAAGAUGGAACAUGUUGAAGAAAAAGAACCUGAUGAUGAUGAUUAUUGUGAGCCCAACGAAAGUUCAUAUGAAAAACCCCCUGAAAAACCAGUGGUGAAUGUUAUUCAAAUAAUAAACUCCCCAAAUACUCAUGUUGGAAAUACAUACUAUCAUCACUUUGCUUCAAAAAAGGCUAAGAGUAGAGAAUCCCCAAGGGAAAAUAAAGAAAUCAUAGAACUUAAAAACAACCCUAAACCAGUGACGGAGAAGGAUAUUAAUGUUGUCAAGGAUUACAUUGGGUAUAAAAAUAGCUGGGAGGAUACUUUUAUUGAACUAGGAUUUUUACGAUCUAAAAUUCAGCAGCACCAGUACAGAUUUGAGAGAGAUUUUAAUGGGCUGAUAGCUUUCUUGCUAACAGUUUGGAAACAAGAAAAUGGUAAGGCAGCCACCGUGUCCAAGUUAGCAAAUGUGCUUUGGGACACAAACCAACAUGAAGCCCUUAUAUAUUGGUCUUCAAAAUAUGAUGUUCUACAUAAAAAUAAUGCAUAAUUUUCAUUGUAAUAUAAUUUUUGUAUCAGAUAAUAAUUAUAAUGUGUACCUACCUACUUGCAAGCAAGAUGGAAGGCUAGUACUGAAAUACUUCACCAAAGCUUAGAUCAUGAAGAAAAAAAUUGCAAUUUGGUGCCUAUAGGUAGGUAGGUACCUAUACAUCCAGAAACAGUGAAAAAAUCGUUUUGCUAAUAUCAUCAUAUUUAUGACUGGUGAUUUUAUUUUGCAAAUUCAAAGGGAUACUAAAAUGUAUUUAGAAGUCCUAGUUAGUUCUUAUUAAAAAAAUUGGGUUGCCCAAAGUCAAAAGCUACCUGAUUUUAACUUUAUGGCGGUUUUCUUGUAAAAAGGAAAAAUAAUUACUAAUAAUUGUGUGUAUUGUAUAAUUCGAUAAAUGAACUAAAUUAUUGCUUUUAUCACUAUAAAGUCAAUACAGGCCAAUCCCUUUUUUGCACAUAAAUAAUAUACAUAUUAUGGUUUGCUAUCCAACACUUUGGAUGAAUCUGUCUAUUGUGUUGGGCUUUUCCGGGGGCUUUUCAUAUCUACCCUACCUGUGUAAUUCAAUAUUCCUUACUGUCUUAUACAGUGUCAUUACUUAAGUGUGCAACAUAUGGGAUUUUUUUUUAGGAAUAGCAGUAAUAGCACAAUCAAAAUACAAACAAGGCCAAAAGUUGGUGCAUGUCUGAUAAUCAUAUUAGGUGCACUUAGAAUGGUUGCAAGUCAAACAGCAUACAGGGUGGCUCAAAAAAUAUCAAAAUUCUACUAAUAUUUACUUAAAUAAAAUAAAACUUUUGCACUUUAAGGAGAGUUUUUUUAAUAUGGCUAUUAUCAUUAGCAAUGUUUUAACUUGUUAAAAAAAAAUUGCGACAUUUUAAAGUUGUGUUGAAUAUAAUUGCAACAAACAUGAAUUUUGUGAUUCCAUAAAAAAUUAAAAAUCUAAGUUAAUUUUACAAAUAUGCUUGAAUUUGAACAAAGUUAUGUAAAAUUGAUUUGAUUUUAAUUAAUUUUUGAAAGUAUUAAGGGCGGAAAAAAAAAAUAUAGAAAUUAUAGAUUUUUUUCGAAAGAAAAUAAAAAAAAUCUUAGGAGGCUAUGUUUUGGUAUUUAGGCAUAACUUUUAAUUCCAAACAACUUUUCCUUAUAACAUUUUGCUGAAUUUUCUAAAAUAAGUGUACUUUACAGUACAGCUUUGAUAUUGUUUGAGCUACCCUGUAUGCUGUUUGACUUGCAACCAUUCUAAGUGCACCCAAUAUGAUUAUCAGACAUGCACCAACUUUUGGCCUUGUUUGUAUUUGGGUUGUGUUAUUACUAAAAAAAAUCCCCAUAUGUUGCACACUUAAAAAAUCACACUGUAUAGAUAGUGCCUAUAUACAGGGUGUUCCGAAACUGUUGUGCCAAAAAUUAAGGGAUGAUAGAUCGCGCCAAAAUAAACGUUUUUUACUCAUAAACACAUAGGCGCAUGCGCUUUGGUUAUGUGAUAAUAGAACAUUAGGCAUUCCAGGUCACCUGACUUUGACAAGGUCCGCCAUAUUUGCUGAGGGGCAAACAAAGCCUAUAGAUCAUAUUGUUUACAGUGUUUUUUGAGUUUGGUGCUUCGGAAUUUUUGCGUUUUUUGAUUUGUUCAAUAAGUUUUAAGUUGUUUUUAGUUUUUGUGAAUGAAUGAAUGAAUCUUUAUUUACAGACAUGCCAUUUUACAUUUCAACUCAACAAUAGUAAACAAACAAUUUAUUAACAAAAAUAAUGCUUAAGAAUCUAAAUUGUUUAAAAAAUAAAAAAGUUUGAUACUAACAACCUUACAAAUAAACUUUAGCAAAAUAAAUUUGUGGUAGAAUGACUCCUUAAACGUUUUGACUGUUCUGAUCGGUGCACAGAUCUGGCAUGUAGCUUAGCUUACUGGCUUGUUCAUUCUGGGCUUUUAUCUAUUAUCGUAGUAUAUCCAAAAUUUGUACUGGGGACCCAAUCCGGAUUUUUGCAACCUUAAAUUCUGCUGGACUACCUAAAAGGUAUUAAAAGUUACCUACUUGCAGAAACAUAAACAACUUUUUUGAUAUACCGAGAUGAAGUGUUUUUGUAUUUUAACAAGACAGUCAUAAAACUUACCAUUAACAAAAUGUUUCGAACAAAUUCGAGCAUUUUCAACAACGUUACAGUCAAAUCUCCCCUUUUGAGGCAUCUAAUUCACAUACUCCGUUGUUUUUUUGAUAGCUCGUCUAUGCGAUCCCCUUGAUCUUUAAAUGCUGCUGGAAUCCUAAAAAACCUCACUUUAUCCCUUUCAGCUCUAUUGGAGCACCCAAAAACGCCACAAAACGAAGGCAUCUUCACAAAAUAAUACUUCAAAAAUUCUCGGUUUGUGUUUGCCCCUCAGCUAAAAUGGCGGAUCGGUUAUGACGUCAACCUGGAAUGCCUAAUUACAGGUCGCGUUGUGGUAGCCACCCAGGGCCGUGCUAAGCACGCGCGGGCCCCAGUACAGCUAUUCCAACGGGCCCCCUUAAAGUCUUUUUUGAUAGUCACGAAUGCUCAAAUUUUUAUCCAAAAGUCGUUAAAAAAACAUGCCUCGGGUAUAAUUUUUUUAGGUAUUUUUGAAGUGCUCUUUGCACAAAAAUUCCGAUCGCGUGAGGGUCGUAAGGGGAGUAUGGACCGCGCAUCAGCAGCGACUGGAGUAGGCUUGUCGCUUGAUUGAGAGAGAUACAUUACGUUCCGGUAUUUUUGUUCUCAGUUUUCGAAUUUGACAGAAAAAUAAUCAGGGGUUUGAAUGUGCUCUUAUACCAGAUCAUACAGAUUACAGACCUUGUCCCAUGCAAAACCUUGUUAAAUUUAAUGACGUGUCAAAUUCGUUAUCAAGAUCAAAAAUUCUAAUUUAAUUUAAUCUCCGGUUAAAUUUAAAGUUGGUGUUAAAUGAUGGUUUAUGAAUGUUACGGUUUUGCUCUUAAAUUAAAUAAUGUCUAGGUUUUACAGCCUGUCAAAUUUGCAAAAAUCGAGGCAAAAAUAGUAUAUUAUUCAACGAGCGGAUAAUGAUGGCUAUUACUCACGAAGGAUGAAGUUUGCACUACAAGCCGCAGGCGAGUAGUGUAAUCAUCCGAGUGAGUAUAAUAGUUAUUACCUAUGAGUAGAAUACUAUACUUUUUCUAUGAAUAAUAGAAAAUGAGCACGAGUUAUGCGAUUUUUUAUUUAAUUUUCGUAAGAAAAUUAAUUGACAAUUCUGACAGCUGGAGGACAAAGUGAGGUUAGGUUAGCACAAGUCUUGUCCAAAUCAGCUGUCAAAAUGACCGAUUGGAAGUUGAAGUAUGUUUUCAACUUGUCGAAUUUUCGAGUGGCUCUUAAAUAUGAGUGAUCAUUCACUUUGAUCAAUAGAAAAUGGAUGUACAUUACGCAUAUUAUUCAAUACUCAUAGAAAAAAGUUAACUUUCAACUGAUGUCAAUAUUCCCAAAACACUCAAAACAGAUGAUAGGGUAUAUCACAUGAAAUCUGCUCAGAAUUUAACAUAGAAUUCGAAUAUUCAAUAAUAUAUAGGGUAUUCCAUUCGAAUAAAGGGAGUUGGACCAUGACCAGCUUUUCUGAAACACUGUGGGUAUAUGCAAAAGUAAGUUGAAAAAAAAAAUAGUUUCAACCAUAAAACUUUUCUUUCGAGAUAUCGGACCGGGCCCCUACGGAACCCGGGCCCUGGUAAUUUGUACCGGCCGCACCCCCCUAUGCACGGCCCUGUAGCCACCUUACACACGGAGAAACGUGUUUGAAGCAGAAACUGUGUUAUUAAAUGAUGCAAAACCCAACGAAUGUUUGCAGUAUUUAGUAAAAACAAUGAUUCACACUGAGCAAAAGAUGCUCAAAGCUACGACCACCCACCUCCAUACGCGCGUGACAGCGCCGUAGCAUAGCCUCCUCAACACGUUGAAAAAUUCAUGGUGUUUCGAGAAUUUCAGCAGCUGCUGCAACAAUCCUUCCUACUAACUUCCUCUAGCUGUUUCAACUGGAGUGUCGUAAACAAGAGCUUUCAUGUCCUCAUAAAAAAAGUCGCAUUCCGUCAGGUCUGGUGAACGUGGAGUCCAUGCCCCCUUAACAGUCACUCUUUCCAGAUGUUUCGGUUUCGUUGAGAUGUACCCUUAAGGCUAACAGGUAAUGUGGUGGUGGUCUGUCGUGUUGGUACCCUAUGUUUUGUCUGGCAUACAGGGAAACAGUUUCGGGAAGGGUUUCCUGCAGAAAUCUACUCGAUAUUUCUGCUACAACGCUGUUACACAUACAUUGAGGCGGGUGGUCGUAGUUUUGAGCAUCUUUUGAUGUGAAUCAUUAUUUUAAAUAAAUACUGCAAUCAUUCUUUGGGUUCACAGGCUCUGCUUAUUCAAACACGUUUCUCCGUGUGCAAGGUGACUACCACAGUGCGGACUGUAAUGUGAAGCGCAUGCGCCUAUGAGUUUAUAAGUAAAAAACGUUUAUUUUGGCGAGAUCUAUCAUUCCUCAAUUUUUAGCACAAUAGUUUCGGAACACCCUGUAUAUCAUUUGGUUAAUUUAAAUGUAUAAAAUGCAUGUCUAAGUAUAUUUUUAUUGGGUUUUGUUUUUUAAAGGGAUGAUAUGUUUUAUGUAAUGUCCAGCUAAUAUUUUGCAAUUUGCUGCCAGAGAAUAUGAUGGUGCUGACUAUGUUUGUAAUAAAAUUUAUAAUUAUUUCUAGUA